AUGAUCCAUUACAGUAUCCUCUGUUGUUACCCUAUGGUUCAUAUGGAUGGGAUGCAAAUAGCAGAAAUUCGCCCUGGUGACCAAUCUCUUUUCCUUCGAGGAGGUCGCCUCUUACAACAGUAUGUUGUAAAUAAUUACGUGAAGAUUGAGUCCAACAAAUUAAGAUGGAUACGUACUCAUCAGAAUCACAUUCGAGUAGAUUUUUAUCAAGGUCUUCUAGAUGCAGUACAUGCUGGUGAAAAUUAUGGAGGUAAUGUCGGUCGUAGAACAAUAUUACCGUCGUCAUUUGUUGGUAGCCCACGAGACAUGUAUCAACGAUAUCAAGAUGCAAUGGCUCUGGUCCAAAAGUAUGGAAAACCUGAUCUUUUCCUUACAAUGACUUGCAAUCCAAAUUGGCCUGAAAUUAAAGCUGAGUUACUACCUAGACAGUCACCACAUGAUCGCCCUGAUUUGCUGACAAGAGUAUUUUAUUCAAAAUUUGAUGAGAUGAAGACCGACAUUCUUACAAAAAAUGUACUCGGGAAGGUUCUAGCAUAUACAUAUGUUAUUGAGUAUCAAAAAAGAGGCUUACCACAUGCCCACAUGGUCAUUAUUUUGGAUGAAAAUGAUAAGUUACGCACUCCUGACGAUUAUGAUAACAUUGUCAUAGAUGAAAUUCCAGACAAGAGAUUAGAGCCUAGAUUAUACAGUGCAGUUCUGAAACACAUGAUACAUGGCCCAUGUGGAAUGUACAAUGAACAAUCACCAUGUAUGACAAAUGGUCAGUGCAAAAGACGUUUCCCAAAGCCAUUUUCUCCAAUUACUACACUUGGAAACGAUUCAUACCCUGUUUAUCGAAGAAGAGAAGGGGAGUCAGUUCCAUUAGAGAGUAAUCCAAGUAUCUUGGUGGAUAAUAGUUGGGUCAUUCCAUACAACCCAUGGUUGCUCUUGGAAUAUGAUUGUCAUAUCAAUCUUGAAAUUUGCAGUAGUGUUACAAGUGUGAAGUAUUUAUACAAAUAUGUUUAUAAAGGGCCUGAUCGUGUUGCACUAGAAGUUCGUCAAGGUCCUAAUUAUGACGAAGUACAACAGUUCAUAGAUGGAAGAUGGGUUUGUGCUCCAGAAGCAUUGUGGAAAAUAUUCAAAUUUCCAAUGACCAGAAUGACCCCUAGCGUAGAACGCCUCCAAAUACACUUACCAAAUAAGCAGCAAGUGCGGUUUUAUACGUUCCAAGACAUCACAAAUGUUUUAGGAGAUGAGUAUUAUUCCAGAACAAUGCUUACCCAAUUCUUUCAAUUAAAUGUUGAUGACGAAACUGCAAAUUG